GAAGGCGGAAGGCGCCCCGCGAGAUUAGUCUCAGAGUUUACUGCAGAUACUGAUGGGGGCGUAACGAUUUUAAAAGAGCGGGCGCUCGUCCCCAGAUCUUGUGCAUGUUUACUAUACUUAACUACCCCAGAAAAGUCUGUCCCCAGGGUCAUCCUGACAACGAUCGCGCCAAAGUCCAUGCUGGUCAUGAUUCUGUAGCGCCUUUGUCUCCUGAACACCAGGUCCUUGGACGUUUGUCAUCAUGAGCUCCCACGAAAAGGACGACAGCAAGGCAUAUAUGAAAGACAAAGAGUCCAAAUAUGUCAUUGGCGCAAACCGGGGCCCGUUAGCAGCUACUCUCGGGGAUAAAGAAAGCGAGGUUGCGGGGGCCGCAUACGUAGAAGGUGCUGAUGGCACGUCUACUCAUGCCAAAGGGAAAAAGAUCAAGCGCCAUUUCCGCCGCUUCUGGUUUUGCUAUGUCCUGCUUGCAAUAAUACUGGCUGCAAUACUUCUGCCUAUCCUAUUUGUUUUUAUUGUCCCCGCCAUUGCACAAGAUGUACUUGAUAAAUCGAAGCUCGUGAUCACAGAAGCGCAUAUCAUGCAACCUCGACCAGACUCUGUGGUACUGACCAUGUUGUCUGCUCUGAACCUUGCUGGGUUCUCAGUCUACAUGGAUGCCAUGACUCUCGGUCUCUUUGUUCCACAAGUUGGCCCUAGCCCAUUCGUCAACCUUUACCUACCGGCCACGAAGGUGCAUGGGAAUACCACACUUGGCGUUUCUAAUCAAUUCACGCCGAUCAUAAACCAUACAGGCUGGCAGGCGUUCGUGGAUAAUGCUGUGAACCUUGAUGUAGGCGUGGUGGGGAUGGAAGGCAAAUCAACAGUGCACAUGGGGAAGCUACAUGCUAACUUGAAUAUGUACAAAGAGGUCCCAUCAAAUGCUCUCAAUCAGUUCAAAGGAUUUGCAAUCGAAGACUCCAGAUUGCUUCUGCCACCCGAGGCCGACGGUACGAACCUUCUCGCCAAUGCUUCAUUGCCCAACCCGUCAGUAAUGACGCUGGAGAUUGGAAAUACAACCUUAAACUUGCUGAGCGGAGAUCUGGUGAUCGGAAACGCUACGAUAAACGACCUUGUUAUCCGGCCCGGCAAUAACAGUGCACCUGUUCGUGGCUUUUUAGAUCUGCACAAGAUUAUACAGAAUCUAUCUAGUAUCCUACAGACUCAGCGGAGUGCGAUUCAGAAUGGCUAUAUCGAACUCACUUCUAUCGGGACAGGCGUCACUUACGAGGGCGUUACCGUUCCCUAUUACGAGAAGGUGCUGAAAAAUCUCACUCUUAAGGCACAGGUGCCUAUCGCGGGAUUAAUUAUCAACACAAUCCACGGGAUAAACCAGAGGAAUGGAUCCCAUCUCCUGUCAUCAUUAAACUUGACGGAUAGCUUGGGUGACGGUAGCGCUGAUUCGCUCAAAUCACUCAAUCACACGAAGCUGGUGGACAAACUAAUAGAAAAUUAUGGGAAGCUGUGAUGGAGGUUGGGAGCUUUUACGUGAUUCACGACUGGUUUAUGACCGUACGUACAUGCUUUAUGUGAGUACAUAGACUAUUUUAAGGGGCUGAGGUGGUUCAGUGCCUGUAAUCUCUAAUAUACGCCGAUAGCACAAAUCAUGA